UACAACUUUGACUCGCCUUUCUUUUGAUUCUGGAGCUACUCCCAAAGAUGCAAAGGCGACGCGAGUUCAUAAAUUCUGCUAUUCUUCAACUAUUAAACCUAUGAAUGCCGCAAAAUCCCCAAGUUUUGGUAACGAUGCUUUUGCUUCUCGGAAUUCGAAGGCCAUUCUCCUUUGCAGUUCAACGACUCCACCUCCGAUGCUUCUCCACUUCACUCCCCUAUGUUAAGGAGGAGGAGAAAAUGAGUUGUAUGGAAACAGGGGGCAAGUCUAGUUUUAUUCAUCCAUCUGCCGUUGUUCAUCCGGAUGCCAUAUUAGGUCAGGGUGUUUCUGUUGGUCCUUUUUGCACAGUUGGACCUUCUGCGAAGUUAGGGAACGGUUGUCAGUUAUACCCGGGGAGCCAUGUCUGUGGACAUACAAAGAUAGGGGAUGGCUGCACUUUGAUGAUGGGCGCUGUAGUUGGUGAUGAUCUUCCUGGUAGUACUGUUAUUGGAAAUAACAAUUUAAUUGGGCAUCAUGUUGUGGUAGGCACUAAAUGUCAAGAUUUGAAAUAUAAGCCAGGGAAUGAAUGUUUCCUUGAGAUUGGGGACAACAAUGAGAUCAGAGAAUAUGUAUCUAUCCAUAGAUCCUCACGCCCAGAUGAAAGAACAAUCAUCGGCUCUAACAAUCUCAUAAUGGGAUCUUGUCACAUUGCACAUGACUGCAAAAUGGGUAACCAUAACAUUUUCGCAAAUAACACUCUGUUGGCAGGCCAUGUAAAUGUGGAGAAUUAUACUCACACAGCAGGGGCCACCGUUAUACAUCAGUUUUGUCAUAUUGGUUCUUUUUCUUUCAUUGGUGGUGGGUCAGUGGUUUCUCAAGAUGUACCCAAAUACACAAUGGUCUCUGGUGAACGAGCUGAGCUGCGUGGAUUAAAUCUCGAAGGCCUAAGGCGCCGUGGGUUUUCAGUUGGGGAGAUAAAGAGCCUGAGAGCAGCUUAUCGCAAAAUAUUUAUGCCUGGUGAAGGAAGUUCUCAUAGCAUUGAAGACCGGCUUGUCGAAUUGGAGAAGGAUGAUGAAUUGGGUCAAGUGGCAGCCGUCUGUUUGAUGGUAGAAUCCAUUCGGGAUUCUUUUGCAGAGGAUCGCCGUGGUAUUUGCAAGUUUAGGUCACGGAUUGGAUCUUAAUAUUGAGUGCCGGAUAUCAUCAAUCGAGCCAUAAUUUUGAAAACCUGAGGCUUUUCUUUGUAUAACAGCAUUUCAGUGUGUAUCAUCAGUCGAGACAUUCAGGAAGCUUGGGCAAAACUAGUCUGAGCAUGAAAAUUUUGCAUCCACCAAAUGAAUCCCCAACAAACAUAAUGAAAAAGGUUUGUUUUGUAGUUUUGUUGAGUGAUGACUAAAUAUCUUUGCAAUGAAAUCUCGCAUGUUACAAAAAACUUGUUUGUUUGAUCAUUUCAGGGAUUUCUGUUGAUUAAACGUUCACAAAUUGUAUUGAUGAAUUUGGGUGAUGACAUAUUACAAUGUGGGUAUGAUUAGAAAGCUAU